UCGGUGGCCUCCCGCUCCCCCCGGCUCAUGGGUAUUCAUGCCGGCAGCAGCCCAUCACCAUGGCAUCCGCGCUGCCGGCAGGAACUGCCUGCCCUUUUCCCAGCCUUUGCAGCCAAGAGGCCGCCCGUGCGCCCUGUGCGGCCGCCCUGGCCCCCCGCCCGCCCCGACACCUCUUGGGGGGCUUCACCAGCGGGCUGGGGCCCCCAAAGCCCCAGUGCCACGGGAGCAGGCUGGGGCGGGGCUGGGUGAGCAGGGUAGGGGCAGCGGGUGUCGGCCUAGUGGUGCCGACGCCGCUUGGGCUGUGGCCCCUGUGGCGCCGUGGGGUGGGGACCCACGGAGCAGGACCCCCGGCAGAGGGACACAUCCCACAGAGGAGGAGCACAGCUCCCAAGAGCACAGCAGCCCCUUACCCAAUGCCCAGGAGCCCCAUCCCCUGCACAGCCGUUUGAACACGGGCUUAGACACGCUUCCCAGAUGUUGGGCGUGGGCAGAUGUUGCAGCAGCUGCCGAGGGGGUGGGAUCACCAUCUGUCCCUGACCCUUGGGCGCGGAGACUCAGGACAAGACACCGACCGGCCCCAGGCCGCGCUGCUGGGGCUCCGUGGCCCCUUGCAGGGACGGGCAGGUGGGCGAUGCUCAAGCCCUGUGCCCGGGCUGGGCAGGGCACCCUCAACACCGCGGUGCCAGCAGGGCGCCUGGCCCGGGGGGGUGUUCUUGCACCGUGGGGCCGCGGGGGACAGGGCCCCCCAGCCACGGUACAGCCGGUUCACGGCUCAGCGCGUCCUCCGACGCCUCAUUUCACCGCCGCCUGAUAAACAACAGCCUGCGGGAGCGUGUGCCCGGCGCGCCGCCGGCACCGUGCCAGCCCGGGCGGCAGCCACGGCCCGGGGACCCCCAUGCUGCUCACGGCCGUGAGGUGACCGUGGGGGGACACGGGGGGCCGUGGGGCUGGUUUUGGAGGUCGCCAGGGGACAGGGUGACACCUCCCAGUCUGGAGUGAGGUGAGGGAGCAGCUGUGCUGGCCCGGAGAUUGCGGCUGAGGGCUGGCUCACCAUAGCGACCUGUGCCAGGCAGCAGUGCCAGGGCAUCGCCCCGCGGGCUGGGGGGCACCGGGGAGACGGAGCUGGUCCCAGGGACCGGCAGGGCACAGCAGGCCCCUCCCUGUGCUGCUGGGGAAACUGAGGCACGGUGUCCUGGCAGUGGGCACUUGGGAGCAGCCAGGGCAGAGCCCAGCCGGGACACGCAGGCAGCGCACGCGGAUUCACGCUCGUGUGCACACACGCCACACGCUGCGCACACCCGCUCCUCCUGCUCCCCAGAGGUGGCCGCCGGCCCAGCUGCCCCCGGACCACCAUCCCUACUGCUUUGGGGCAGGGACGAGCUCUGUCACGGUCACCCGGAGCCGCCCAGGUGACCCUUCCCGGCCUCCGCGGGAGCCAAGGGCCGGUGACGUGCCCAGCCCGCGGGUCUGCCCACGGCGCUCUCCCUCCGCCCCGUCUCCCGCGGCCCGGGAGGCUGUGCCAUGCUGCGGGAGCCCGCGGGGACAGCGACACUGGCAGGGACACGGAGCCCGCAGAGGACAGGGACACCAGCGGCACACGGACACUGACCGGGACACACGGACAGCGGUAGGUCCCUGGGAAACACCGAGCCCAAGGAAGGUGGCACUGCACGCCCGGCGGGUGGCACUGGGGCCACCCAGGGGACAGUCCCUGUCCCGCAGGCUUUGGGGAGCGGGACCCCGGGCAGGGGGAGCAAAGGGGGCCUAGAGCGAACCCACCCCCCCCAGCAGCACAAAGGGGAUCGGGCUGGGAAAGGGUUAAGGCGCUCUCGGCGCAGCUGCAGCCGAUCGAUGCCUCAGUUCCGCGGGGGACGUGGAUGGACGGGACCUCCUGCUGAUGAACCGGAGCUAAUUUGCAGUUAAUUGGCACCCCUCUGCUCCCCGCAUCCCCCCCUUCUUCUCCCUCGGGCUGCGCUCAGGAUCUUGCUGAGGUUCCGGCCGGGAGUUGCAGGGUCGGGGAGGUGGGACCCCCGGAAUUCCACACACACCUCGGGCACUUCUGGGGGAGCAGAUCCAUCACCGAGGGUCCCGGAACAGGGAACAGGAGAGAGACCUGGCCGCCCCUCCAACCCCCCCACUGAAGCCAUCGAGUGUCUGGGACAAGGGAAAUUUGGGGUGCCCUAGGGACUGGGAGCAAUGUGGUGCCGCGUACCCCCUCCCUGAGCUCAGGACCCCCCUUUGCACCCCUCAAUCAAGACACCCCCCCUACCAAAGAGCACCCCCAACCCCUGGGCCCCCUGCACCCCCCAAGCCCCGAUCCCAGGACCUCCCAUCAUCCCUCACUGGGAAAGGGGGUGGCGGUCCCCAUGGGAUGCAAAUUUUGGGGAGAUUCUGACCAAUCAGAACGCAGCGCUCAGCUCUAGCCUCACCACUCCCGGGGAACCCCUCUCUGAUUGGUUGGGGCCGGGCUCCCCUGAGCCAAUAGAAGCGCAGAUCUCGGGAGGGGGUGGAGCCGGCCUGGUUUAUGAAUGAGCGAGGGCAGAGCGGGCGCGAUCCGGGCGCGGGGAGUGGGCAGAGGGACCUGGGCAGGGACCUGGGCAGGGACCUGGGCAGGGACCUGGGCACAGAUAGGGCAGGGAUGGGCACAGAUAGGGAUGCGGAUACGGAUCAGGAUCCGGAUACGGUGGAGAUGCGUGCAGGGCCGUGGGCAGGGCCGCUGCCAGGCUCCUCCAGCUUCGCUGCCUCAGCCUGAGGAGCUGGAAAAGGACCCAGCUGGCAGCUUGGAGAUGGCCACUCCACACUUGGCACCACUAGGACCCCCCAUCAGCACCUUUGGGUCCUCUCUGCCACCACUGGGAGCCGUCUGGUGGCACCCAGCCCGGGCCGGGGGCCAGAGGCUCCCUCUGCUGGCAGCUGCCCCAGAACAUGAUGUUUUAAUCCGGUUUUCUGCAAAAACAGGGCUGAGGGAUAAAGAAGGAGCAGCUCUGGCAGCAGGGGCUCUGCUGGGACAUGGCACAGGGGGCUUGGGGUGCAUUGUCUCCCAUGGGUGCAGCAACCCCAGGUCUGCCUGCGGCGGCACAUUUGGGAGCUGCCCGCUGCCCAUGGAUGCUACAGGACAAGGGAGCUGGGAUCCAGCCACAGCAGGGACACCCAGGCGAUGGCCCCUGUCCCCAAGUCCCCUGUGCCAUGUCACGGUUGACCUCCCCCCCGGGUGCCAUCAGGACCCUCAUGCUCCUGUGUCUCCUCACAGCUGGUUUGUGGUGGAAGAUGACGGUGCCAGUUCCCAACAGCACGACGAUGUCGUGGGCACUGCCAGAGCCAGAGCUGGAGCGGUCACCUUGCCUGGUCGGCAUCGUGCCCAUCGUGUACUACAGCAUCCUGCUGGGGCUGGGGCUGCCAGUGAACAUCCUGACUGCCGUGGCUCUGUCCCGCCUGGCCACCAGGACCAAGAAAUCAUCCUACUGGUACCUGCUGGCCCUGACCACCUCCGACAUCCUCAGCCAGGUCUUCAUCAUCUUCGUGGGCUUCAUCCUGCAGACGGCCAUCCUGGCACGGGCAGUGCCCAGCGCCUUCAUCCACAUCGUCAACGUGCUGGAGUUCACGGCCAACCACGCGUCCACCUGGGUGACCGUGCUGCUGACCGUGGACCGCUACGUGGCCCUGUGCCACCCGCUGCGCUACCGCGCCGUGUCCUACCCGCGCCGCACCCGCAGGAUCAUCGCGGCCGUCUUCGCCGCGGCGCUGGCCACCGGCGUCCCCUUCUACUGGUGGCUGGACAUGUGGCGCGACGCCGACGCCCCCACGGUGCUGGACACGGCGCUCAAGUGGCUGCACUGUGUCACCAUUUUCUUCCUGCCCUGCAGCGUCUUCCUGGCCGCCAACUCCGUCAUCGUCUGCAAGCUGCAGCGGCGGAGGCGGGCGGGGGGUGGCAAGACCACGGCUCUGCUGCUGGCUGUCACCGCCGUCUUCGUCGUGCUCUGGGCUCCCCGCACCGUCGUCACCAUGUGCCACCUCUACGUGGCCUCGGUCAGGAGGGACUGGCGCGUGCACCUGGCCUUGGACAUCGCCAACAUGGUGGCCAUGCUCAACACCUCCCUCAACUUCUUCCUCUACUGCUUCGUCAGCCAGACCUUCCGCCGCACGGUGGGCGAGGUGCUGCGGGGUCAGCCCCGGGCAGCCCCCCGCCGUGGCAGCGGUCGCUUCCCACCCCCGGCCCUGGAACCGCUGAAGGUGCUGGGCAGCACCGCGCUCUGAGCCAGGGCAGUGACCAGCUGGCAGCCCCGGUGCCCACACAGCCCCAUGCAUUGCACUGGGACCAGGGAGACCCCCACCCUCCACGGAGCCAGGGUCGCUGGUGCUGGGGGUGGCAGGAGGAGGGGGUUGUGCCCAGACACUCAUUUGGGGCUGUCUUGGUGCCUGCCUGGCAGCAGCACCCCAGGGUGGGCAGCUCAGCCCUGCCCAUGCUCAGCUCCUCACGCAACACUGGAACUCACCCAGGAAACUUAUCCAGGACACGCCCCAGCUCAGCGGCACCGAGGGUCCUGGGGAGCCCAGGGCUGCCCGUGGUGAGGGGUGGAGGGCACGAGUGAGCUCCUGCGAGCCCUGACAAGGACAUGGUGCCAGCUGGGUGCCACUCCAUAAACUGCCGCGCUGAGACCAAAGCUCUGCCUGGGUCCAGCUCCCUGGGGGCAGCUGGAGCGGAGGCACCCUGCACCAGCAUCUCUGGCACAGGGUCCUUCUGCCCUGCCCACUCCCCUGCCCCUGCCCAGCUGCCCGGGAGUGCUGGGGGGAGCACCCACAGGGUCUGCUGGCUGCCCCCUGUGGUGGGGUCUGCACACAUGGUAAGGUCACAGCUCCCGGCCCCCAGCCAUUAAUCCCCCUGGCAGCAGCCAGGCUGCAGCCCCCGGGUAAUGCCCCCCUGCAUCGGGUGCACCCAGUGCUGCCCUCCCAGUUACACCAGUGCCAAACUGGUGUGACGCUGGAGGAGCGGCCGUGCUGUGCCAGCCUGUCCCCAGCUGCCAGCAGAGGGCAGGGAUGGGACACUGCGGAGCUGGCACUGACGGGGCAGGGAGCUGGCACCCCCAGCUCCCCAAACCAGCCCUGCCGCCGCCCUAAUUCCCUGUAAGGUCCUUAACGUAAUCCCCCAAAACCGUCCAGCAUUCCACUGGGAUUCCCGAGACAGGCAGGAUAGACCCAGGGGGUGCCCGGGGGGGAUCAGGACCUCAGCUGGCUCCUGACAGGACACAGAGACACCCCCAAACCCCACCAGACCCCCUGCCCACCCCCGAGCCCGGCUGUGCCCGCACUGGGGUGGGAUGGGGCACAGCCUUUGCCCCCCAGGGUGUGGGGCUGACCCGCCCACGGACCCACCCUGCCCCCGGGUCAUUCUCCGGCGUGGACAGACCCCUCCGGGGAUGCCACCUCAUCCCAGGCCGGAUCCCUGCUGGGGGACGGGGUUAAAGCCCGACCCGGUGGCGCGGGGGGUACCUGGGAGGUUCUCGCUCCAUUAAUUCUGGCACGUGAGGAGAGCAGAACCGGGAAGGGAUUAGUUAUUAACCCGACCGCGGGCA